GAGAUUGAGGUGCCGUCCGGCGGAUGAUACACCAUUCAAGGUGAGGUCCAGAAUGACGCAACGAGGCCGAAGAAUGUUCGCGAUAACUCUUGCAUCCACACUCACGCCACGACAUUUACGGGAGGUUGGGUUUUGGAGAUGGAACAUAAAAUCGCAAAGUAAAACAUACGAAGCUGACGGUGUCUGUACACUGACAGGACCUGACAUGGUUCAUCCGAAAGGAGGCCGAGGAAGAGGAAGGGUGAAGCCGGGGACAGGACCGAGGCCCGGGUAAUCGAGAUGGGAGCACGUGGCGGGAUCGGUUCGGGCAGGUGGCAGAAGCGAAGAGUUCCUUUCCGUUGCACCGUUUCACCCGCCAAAAUGGCUGGCACAAAUGCCAUUAUUUAUCUCUUGCCUUCUCCCGUACCCCUGCUGCUUUCCUUUUCGUCUCUUCCCCUCACCACGCGCAUACAUCCACCCUCUUCUCCCUCACAAUUGGCAAACAUACUUGUCUAGGCUCUCCCCUCCAGGAGGCCGAGAUCGACCGUCUCAGCUAGUCAGCACGCAACACCUGUCCAUAUUCGUUCUUCUCUUUUGUCGACAUGUCCUUCAUCUGGUCCCAUCCGCUGCCCACGCGCGAGCAGCCCGAGGAUGACUCGCUUACUGCUGCCCUUCAUGCUGCAUUUGCUUCAUUAAGCGGCGGCAACUCCAACCAUCCCCCCACCCACUCCAACCAGCACCACGACCACGAUAUGCACAGAGAAAAGUCCAAGAGUGAACCCUCCCUCGAGAUCUUGGUCAACUCCGACGUCUUGUGCCUCAGAGGCACCGGCGUGGACGUCAACCCCGCUCUGCUCAGCGGGAACGUCGUUCUUCAUCUGCAUGAGCCUACCUCGCUCAAGCAGAUCGUUCUCCAGUUCAAGGGAAAGGCUAGGAUACCUGCGUCCGCUACUGAAUCGCGUGGAUCCCUCGCAUGUUUUCUGCAAGCACUUGUGGUACCCGGACAUGUGGUACCCCACUGUUGGCGUUCAUACGAAGUGCUUGCUCUAUCAGUUCACUCACCUUCGAUUUUUUUUUCUAUGUGCACUGAGAAUCUGUACUGACCAAACAUCUCUCAGAAUAUCGAUUCAAUCCAACCAUAUCGUGUACCUCGUCUGCAACCACGAAUGGACCUUCCUUGAAGGCGCAAAAGGACAUUCACACACUCUUAAAGCCGGUCGCCACCUCUUCCCCUUCCAGCUGCACCUUGGCGGUUCCCUCCCCUCUAGCAUCAGCACGACUGCUCUAGGUGGCGCGUCAGUAAACUACAAGCUUCGCGCAACUGCUGUCCGGUCUGGGUUCUUUGCUCACAGAGACAUCACUGCGAAUUGCCCGGUGUACGUUUUGCGUGGUCUGAGUAACGAGGCGCUCGAGUAUCAGCAAACACUCGAGAUCGAGAAUACCUGGCCAGAGAAGUUGAUGUAUUCUAUUAUGCUACCACAUAAAGCCUGGGCGGCAGGAGAGAAGGUCAUUGCAGUGGUCAAGUUCUCACCAUUGGUCAAGGGCGCGAGGGUGUUGAACGUCACAACGACAAUCAACGAGACGAUAAAGCUGUACGGGCGGGCUGGCUGUCAGGAAGCCAACCGUGUGGUUGCGACGACGAAGCAUGAUAUUGUGGAUGGAAAGGCAGUAUUGUCAGAGGAGCAUCAUCAUCGUUAUAGGAUACCCUUAAUUUCUGGCACGCAGACGCCCUUGUCUCCUCGACACUCGAGUGGCGCGACUGGCGUUACCUCCCCUGGAAGUUAUUUCCCUUCACAACCAACCUCCACCCGUUCGUCUGGUGACCUGACGCCGCUCACGACCUCCGCUACGAACGCUUCGAUGACAAGCGUCGCUCUUGCUGGUCCUAGCAAUCGUCCUUCAACGUCGUCUGAUCCUCAACCACGAACGUCUGCUUUAAGCUCCAUAUCCCAAGCCGCGUCAACGAGUACUUCUCCUCCUCAGCCAACGCAUUUUGUCAACGGGGUCGAACUACCAGCUGAACUUGAAGCGGAGGCCACCGCUGACGUCGUGACUACGCUUCAUAUCACGAUACCGGAGCACGCUACGCCGAGUCAUGGAUUGGAGCCUGUCCAAGUGUCACACCGCAUUCGAUGGUCUAUCCUCAUCGGGAACAGCGACGGUCACACUUCCGAGCUUCGUUGCUCCCUUCCCCUACUUGUCCUCGAUAACAAACUCAUUGAAGAAGCACGUGUAGCCACACUGGCAACUCGUCGUCUACUCUUAGGUGGUCAAGACAUCGAAGGCGGUAUGGCCGCUGGAACAAAUGGCGAAUCCAGUGAUAACGAAGACGAAAUGGAGUUACCAAGUUACUCAUCGCACGUACGCGAUCGAGUUGCAAAUGCAUACCUUCCUGAUCAGGGUAUCAUGCGUGUCGCGAACCCUUGGAUAGCACAAGGUGUUAGUCCUGUGUUACCCGAAUCGUGUGGAUCGUCUGGUGCGACUUCGCCGGUUCCGUUAGAGGCGUACCCAUUGGGUACACAUAAUGACGCCAGGAGUCAACUUCCACAAGUUCCUCCUCCAGGUUCUCAGCCACUGGAUUGGGUGAAUUCUGAACUUCUUCUCAGUCUGACUCAGAACCCUGAGACUCCGGCUCAUCUUCGAUCUACGUCACCACCGACACGUACCCCUCCCGAACCUGUGACCACGCAUACAGGUCGAUUGCCGAGCCGUACACACAGUCGCACGCACAGUCGUGGUCCCAGUCCAGAAAGACAUUCGAGAGGUGGACAUGCUCACGUUCAAGGUAACGGUAUUCAUCCUCCUCAGGGACACGGACCUGCCGGAGAGACCUUUGUGCAUAGUAACAGUACUGCUAGCAGACAUUUGCAUGGUCUCUUCCACAUGUCUAUGAAGCCUUUCAGCGGUUUGACCAGCGGAUUCUCCAUCGGCUCUCGGAACCCCAGUCGUUCUGACCUUCAACACCACUUUCCUCAUGGCCAUUCACACCUCGCAACAUCCACUGGCUCUGCUGCGCGCCCUGACGCCGACCGUCGUGAGCGUUCUGGCUCCGGUUCCGCCUCACCCUCACCGACAUCAUCAACCUCCGCUCUUGUUUCACCUUCUGCUUCCACAGUCCACAUUAGCCCUCUAAGCACUACAGCCCGACCGAUAACAGCAGACCCGGUGACAGGUCCUAUGCUCCUCCAUCGCGCUUUCACUGAGACGCCGGAUUAUGAGGUGGCUAGUAGGGGAUUCCUUGGAGGCGGUGUUCCGCCUUUGGAAAGUUUGCGUGGGUUGCCGAGUUAUGAGGAGGCUGCUGGAGAGAGGAAUGCUAGCGCUGCUUUGCCGAGGAGUAGGAGUGUGCCUGAGAUCGCUAUCGCUGGGAGCAACCUGGACUCAGGCUUCGCCUGGACCGCCUCUGUCUGCGAGGUAGACUCUCAUCAUCCUCCAGCGCCACUCGUUAUUAUGGACGGACUUUGUUACUUGUUCAUUUCUGAUCAUCGACUCACCUCUCAAAUAUCAACAUCCCACAUAUCACCCUUUGUAUCAUCAUCAUUGACCCUGUUGUGUUUUGCAUCUCAGAUACUCAUUUUAGACUUCCUACUCUUUUUUUUCGUUUCGUCUUUCAUCUUUUUCCUGGUCUUUAACAUGAAGUAAUGUAAUCCCUCAUUUAUUUUUUAGACGCAACCUCUCCUCUCUCAAACUCCAUUUCGCUUUCUCCUUUUUCUUGAUUAUAUUGUUACUCGUUGUACUUGUAGUUGUCAUCCUUUCGGUUAUGUGGUUUACGUGUCUGGCUUUUCUUGGUUCGGUCUCUUGCUAUAACCUUAGGUGGAAUUCAAAAUGAAAUGAUGUCGUGCUUCAUCCUCGCUAUGCGAGAGAUUCAAGACGUCUGUUGCUGAACAUACUGAACGGUUAGCCUGGUUGGUUCCUGACACCAUGUCUGCCUAGUUGGAAAAAAAAACGUUAGUAACAUG